CGAAAGUGUAUCUACAUGUCUGAUCUACAUGUACAUGUGUAUGUCACAUGGUAUAUACAUGUGGUUACAUAACAAUUGACCACACAAGCCAGAGCACGCAAAGCCAUAUAUAAUAGUACCCUCGAUCCCAGGCCGCACUUCUCCAAUAUAUAGGCUUGGUGCGCAUGCGCAAGCCAGGCAUUAUAACAGCCUAGCCCGCAGUGUUGCAUUGGAUCAUGGGAACGUGCCGAUCAUGGCUGCUAGCCCCAUAGAUAGUAUCAGGAGCAGAUAGUAUCUAUGGGUAGUGUACAGACAAAUUACGUGUGUGGGCGGUGGUACGUGAGUUGUUUCGACGUCAACAUUAUUGUGGGAGCAGGACAUUCUUUCACUCAUGUCUCAUUUGUAUAUAAUUUUAAAAAGAGCUGGAAGUUUUGGAACGUAUAAUCAGAUUCCCAGAUGAGAACGGAUGUGCGAAAAAGCUGAUUUUCACACGAUAAUAAGUCUACCUAUAAUAAUAUUAUUAUUAUGAAACCUCCAAAAAUGAUAGCCCUAUUAUGUAGUUAUAUUAUGCAUUAUAAUUAAAAGUCCUCAUCCUCACCACUUGCAUCCUCAGCAUGAUUUGCCAGGAUGCAAUAAAAUAUUCAUUAAUUUAUGGGCAGAUGCUGAUCUAUGAUAAUUAUAAGCACUGACAAUAGGCAUUGUGUUUUUGUCUUCCCAAACUUAUUGAGCCCUUGCUGAAUCUAGCUGGAUUAAGCUGUUUUGAAAGUGCUAUUUACACAGAUAUCAAGUAUUAAAGAGUACAAGAGAUCUACAGAUAUAAUGGGGAUCACUGUGGAGUUGUGGAGAGCUCGCAUUGGGCUGUUCAGUGGUGGGAGGGGAUCGCGACCACACAGUAAAGCUUCCUCGACAAACCACCAGCCUCUAUACUUCAGUGAUACAGUGGGUAGUACUGCGAAAGUGGUUCAAGGUGGCUUGCUUUUAUUGUAUAUUCUCAAGUUUCUGAGCUCUCAAGAUAAAACUAAAUUCCUAAAACGCACAAGGAAUGUUGGUCUCCUAGUGAUAUUGAUUGCUGUGUUGCUCCACUCUCUUACUCACCUAUUGCUGUUAGCUGGAGACGUUGAGAGCAAUCCUGGGCCUCGAAUGGAUGGGACACUGGCACUUGAUGAUUUAAAUGAAGCUCACUCUAAACUGUCCGAGUCUCGGAACAGAUGGUUUGAGAUUGGACAGGCUCUCAAUGUUGAUGAUGUCACAUUAGAUAGCAUCAGAAAGCAGUGUGCUGAUGAUAACAGCACUUGUCUUCGUAAAAUGCUUGAUCAUCGUUUGAAAUCAGGGCCUCCUCUAACAUGGGAGGUACUACUGAACUCACUUCCAACUCAGUCUAGUAUGCAAGUUUCAAGAGCAGCUGGUCAAAAGAGACCUCUAUCGUCCGGGGAGAUGCCCAGUGCAAAACGCACACGAUCAUCUCCUCCAGGAUCAUCUGCUCUACCAGUGAAUCUUCCAUCGCUUAUGUACACAUAUCACCUCACUACUGCCCAAGUUGACAGUAAAAUUCAACAAAAGCACAUUUCAUAUUUGGCUGUCUACUUUGAUAAUUCUGAGCACUAUGUUGAUGCAAUGGAAUUAACCCGUGGCGAGAAAAAUGAUGUCAAGAAAUGUGCAGAUAACCGUGAAGCCAUGAUCAAGUGCUUGAACAUCUGGAUAGAAAAGAAAUUCUCACAAGUAACGUUCAGGAUCCUUUUGGAGAUGUUAGUAAAAUUGAAAAAAGAGGGGAUUGCUUCUGAUGUCUGUCAGUGCUUGAAAAAUCUACCAGUAUCGCCUAUUGACAUUGCUACCCCUUCUUUGAAGUCAGGAGCCCAUAAAGAUUCACUCAACUCGGUUCCAACUCAGUCUAGUAUGCAAGAAACAACUGAAACAUAUCAAGAAUCCAGUGUGGAAACACUUAAGGGGCAGCUAGAAAAAGAGAGUGAUGUACACCAACCUGACCACUCAGCUGAAACAACAGAUGUUGGUGAGACGUCUUCUGGAGAUGAGGGUGCCACUGACAUUUUCGUAUGUCCUUACUGUAAAGAGUGUUCUCCACAACAAUUCUUUUCUGAAAAAGGGUGUCCCAAGAAGACAAGAUCUCUCAAAAUUACCAACCUUUUCCCUUACCUUGAUGUUUCUGGUCUUGCUGACGAAGAUGUCAUUUAUUUGGAAGAAAAAUUAAUAUCCGACACUAGAGAUAUCAUGAUCAAGUUUUCUAAUUUCUCGGUGUACAUUAGGAAGUCACUUGAAGGACAAGAUACCUUAAACAAUCUACGAGAUCGUAUACUGAGUUCUAUAGCUUCACUAAAAGAUCAAAAUGUGAGCGGAUUUGAUACUGCGCAUGAAGAAUUGAUUCUUGCAACAGAAAGCUUGGCCAAAAUUUUCUCCAUACUUCGAGUCUACAACUACAUCUCAUUCCUAAACUAUCAAAUCAUUGAACAGCUUAUUCAAGACCAUGGAACGGAUGAUGAUCACAAAAGGCUAUGCCAAUAUAUCACUAAUUUGAAUAUCUUCUGCCAACGAAAUGUUUUUGAAGUCCCUUGGUCUGCUUUCCCUUCACGCAAAUCUCGUAAGACGGCCGAAAUGUUUGCUCUUAAAUGCACAGAGGCAGCGUUAUCACUAGGGAGGGUUCGGAUGCUACAAGACAAUGUUGCUAAAAUCUUAGGCCUAGAACCCAAGGCUUUACAACUUUGCUCCGUCAAGAAAGGUUGUGUUGAGUUACAAUUCUUGGUUUCCGUAGCUGUUGCUGAGUAUAUCUUCCCACUGUCCCCUUCUCAACAGUCAGCACUCAGUGGGAUUGGAGCUAUUCUUCUUCCACUUGAGGAAGAAAAGGAGAAAGAAAAUAUGCAGGUCACAGAUGUGGAUCUUCCCAUUUUUAAUGAGGUUCUAGCUCAGUCAUCCCACAAACAAAUGCAACAACAUGCUGUAGCUAAUGAUGGAGGGCCCCCAACACUUGAAGAUGGAGAGCUGCGACGACCCCUAAAAGCAGAGGAAUUGCACUCGCAUCCUGUUGCCAUUGAUCAGGAUGAGAAUACUCUCAUUACUGCCUGUGAAAAAGGAGACAUUAAGACCGUGAUAUUGCUGAUUGACAAGGGAGCAAACGUGGAUGAGAAUAACAUGGACGGGAUGACCCCACUGUAUGUUGCCUGUGAGAAUAGCCACACUGAGAUUGCCCAGUUGCUGAUUGACAAAGGAGCAGAUGUGAACAGACGGAACAAGCUUCAGGAAAGAAACACCCCACUCUAUGUUGCCUGUGAAAAAGGCCACACUAAAACUGCCCAGAUACUGAUUGACAGGGGAGCAUGUGUGAAGUGGUGGAAUAUGGAAUGGAACACCCCACUCCACGUAACUUGUGAGAACGGCCACACUGAGACUGCCCAGUUGUUGAUUGACAGUGGAGCGGUUGUGAACAAUAAGAACAAGGAAGGAAAUACACCACUCCAUGUUGCCUGUGAGAAUAGACACACUGAAACUGCCCAGUUGCUGAUUGACAAGGGAGCAGAUGUGACGAAGGAAAAUUGUUCUGCUGUAUCCAUGGCUCCUGAUGCAACUGAUGAAAUGUCAGCAGAAACAAAGUAUCCAUCUAUACCUAAUGCUAGCACUCAUGGUAUGCCUCAAGGUUAUCCACCACCCAACUGGUAUCAGCACGAGAAUUUAUUUCCUGAUAUGAAGCCAUGGUAUGUACAAACUAGCGACACACCGAUGCCUCUAUCCAAUGAGUAUUUGCCAAUGUAUGCCUUUUACCACCCUCCAAUACAAGAAAUCCCUCCAGCAGUAGAUAAUACUUCGAAUUCAACUGUAUCUAUAGAUCUGGAAUCUACUAUAUUGAGCUUAAUGCAAAGUGUGACUUCAGAAAGCGAAGAUAGUAUAACUGAUCAGGUAAUUCCGCACAAAAAUGUACAUACUACUCCAACUGUUUCGCUGCACAACGAUUCAUCAGUAUCAUCUGGUCCGGAAGCCAAAAGAUUGCGCAUAACUGAACAAUCUGGUCAAUCUAAAUCAGUUGUUAGCACUAGUUCUCAUCAAAUCGAUGUCGACUGUCAAUCAGACAAAGGUAGUAUAGCAAGGCUACCUACCGCUCCAAUUGCUUCACUGCACAAUAAUUCGUCAGUAAUAUUUCCAGCAGCCAAAAGGUUGCGCUUAACUGAUAGUUUGGAACAACCAGCUGGUCCAUCUCAGUCAGCUGUUACUAGCCCUAGUUCUCAAAACAUUAGUAGUCAACAUUAUUCUCACGGCACUACAGAGCGUUGCAGCCAAUUACCAGACCCAUCAGAGGAGAACUUUGCGUUUGUGUAUGAGAAACUCCACAGUAUUUGUUCCAAAUGGCGUAAUCUUGGUCUAGCCCUUGGCCUACUACCGUCAACUCUUCAGCAAAUUUCUAAUGACAAUAGAGAAAAAUGUGAAGAAUGUUUGCGAGAAACUCUUCUUAAAAUUAGACAGUUAACAUGGACGAAAAUCAUCGAAGCUUUGAGGAAACAUACCGUUAAUGAAAAUGAAUUAGCAACCGAGAUAGAGUCAGAAGUAGUAGCAAUGGAUCCGCCUACACCAGCACCAAAUAGUUUGUCAGGAAAAAUCUCGUUAGAAGAGUUUUGUCUUCUUCCAAUCGAUAAAGUUUGGUAUCAGCUUGGUCUCUGGUUGGGAGUUGAAGAACAAAGGUUGAUUAAAAUAAAGAAGAAAGACAAGAAACUAAAUUUAUUAUUUAGAGCUUUCUUGGAGCUUUGUUAUGAAACGACUGAUUACAAACGCUUAUGCGAAAGGUUCCCUGAUGACCAAAAAGAAAAAGCUCGAAGACUACUUGAAAGUGAAAAGUAUGAAGACUUUAUUAAACUAUUUCCCCUAAAUAAACAAGUUGAUGCAAGAACAUUAGUAGAGAUGUCAAAAUCUACGUUUCUACGGCUGAUCACUGCUCUUGUGAGAGUGGGAAAAAGGGACGUGGCAGAAAAUAUUUGCACAGACAGAGGUGUAUCGCUGACUGAUCUUGCUGACAGUAAACCACCUCCUGAGUGUGUAGUGAUGUAUGCUGACUAUCUGAAGAGCAAGUACAGAGAGAUGUCUAUCCUACCAGAUUCUGACUGGCCCCCAAGCAUAGCUACCAAAGAGCACUAUACUAAUUUGGCACUAAUUCAGAAAGAAAGGAAUUACUUACAAACUGAAAAGGAUAUAAAUAAUGUUUCUAAAGAUUAUGCACAUGGAAAUAUUGAUAGCAUCAUUGCCAAAAAGACGAGCAUUGAUCUUGAAGAAGCAUUUUAUCCUAUCAUUACUCCUAAGACAAAUGAAAGUCGAUUAACAAUUUUAAUGGAUGGGGCUCCAGGGAUUGGGAAAACUACUAUCACUAGGAAGGUGUGUAUCGACUGGGCAGAAGGUGAUAUCCUUCCAGAGUAUCAACUGGUGAUUUUAGUUCCUCUUAGGGAGCUCAAAAGUUUACAAAACUUCAACAAAAAAUUGCAAUUGUUUAAUAUUUUUCCCUCUGAUAACGAAGAACUCCAACAAAAUGUUAUAAAACACAUGAUGCAAGUAUCUGGUGCUGGAACUCUGAUAAUAUUUGAUGGUUUCGAUGAACUUAGCUAUCAAGAAAGAACUUUUUUGCAACAAAAGUCUCUUGUCCUAGACAUAAUAAAAGGUAAGACGCUUCAUCUUUGCUCUGUGAUAAUUACAUCUCGUCCUUAUGCUUCUCAGCCUUUGAGAAGUUUACCUAGAGUCAAUCGCCAUGUCGAGGUAUUGGGAUUUACUAAAGAGCAAAUACACGACUGUGUUUGUACUAACAUUCCUGGGAAGGAAGGAAAGAAAUUAAUACAAAAAUUGAAAGAACGAUUAGACAUUGGAUCACUUUGUUACAUUCCCCUGAAUUGUAGAAUUUUGUUGUUUGUCUAUAUAAUAGAAAGUUUCAGUCUUCCAUCUACAAUAACUGAACUGUACGAGAUUUUCCUUCUACAUACAAUUAAACGACUUACUAAAAAGGGAGGACUUGAUAAAGAUGUAUCUAGUGAGAUUGAUGCUGCAAAGAACUUAAAUCAAAUUCCAUACCUCAUUACAGGGCAACUAAAUCAUCUCUCAAAAUUUGCUUUGGAAGGAAUUGAGCAAAAUAAACUAGUGUUUGAUGACAGUAGUCUAAUUGAUUAUGUAUCUUUUGGCCUCUUAAACUCACUUUACUGCUUUACAACUACUGGUGAGGCUGCCUUCUUUCAGUUUCUCCACCUAACCAUUCAAGAGUUUCUUGCUGCGAGGUAUGUAGCUUCGGAUGCCAUGACUGAUGAGCAACGUAAAAGUUUCCUAAGAUCAAACAUCGAGAAUGAAACGUACAGAAUGACCUUGCUAUUUUUAGCGGGCUUAACUCAAUUCAGUUUCUUGAGUUCAGGUGACUCUCUGCUGCAGCCUCAAAGUACGUUUCUGUUAGGGUCAAGUGAAAAAAAACGGAUUCUGUUUUUGGCUCAACUUAUCUAUGAGAGUAAGAGCUCUUCAGAUUCUAUUUUGUCUCACCUCAAUGGAAGCCUGGAUAUGUCCGGUUAUCAUCUCACCACGUUUGAUUGUCUUGUUCUUGCACAUCUUAUCUCUAAUACUCCUCAAGACUUUGUCUGGGAGUUCAUCGACUUGAGUAACUGUGGUAUCACUAUACCUACCUACUCUGUGCUUUUAAAAACUAAGCACUCCAAACAUACAAUGUUACCAGGUAUUGCUAUCUCGAAAACUUUGAGCUUUUGUGAUAUAAAAAUCAGAAAUGUCAAAUCUAACAAUACUAUUCCGAUCACAUCCAUAUUAACUCUUCUGUCUAAUUCCAAAGAUUCACCUCUCGAAGAACUGACGCUACCAUUGGUGUAUAUUGAAACGUGUAAACACAUGGUGCAACUCUCCCAAGCCUUAGUCAAUUUCAAGGCAUUUCAAACAUUAAAAAUUUUUCACUCCCGGUCACCUAGACAAAAAGUUACCAUGAUACCUACCAUGAUAUCUAAAGAAGAAUUUGUUUUGCAAUGCAUUCCUUUAAGUAUCUGUUCAAACUCUUUAAUGCAGCUGUUAAAGUUUGCUUCUGUAGAAAUUGAAAGGCUUGAAAUGAAUGGUAGUGAUCCAGAAAAUAGUGCUGUGGUAUUUCAAGAUUGCCCUGCUUGUGGUAGUUCAGGUGAAGAUGCUGUGAAGAGCCUGUGUGAGUUCCUGAGAAAAUGUAAGAAUAUAGAACAGAUACAAUUCCGUGGAUGUUUCUUAAAUGGGAAUGCAAUGCUAUCUAUUUUAUCAUCUUUAUCUAAAAGUUCGACUAUAAGCAGCAUUCGUAUUGUGAACAAUGACUCUGAGAUAAGUGAUAGUGAGUUAGUUGAAAUGCUCGAGCAUUUGCCAAGAAAAUGUGUGUUUCACUUUUCAACUAAAAGAGUCAGUGUUGCGUUUAAAACCAAUGAAAAUGAUCUCGAUGUAUCCAAUCAUGAUAACUCAAAAGCAUUGGGUUAUGAAACCUUCCUCACCAACAUCAAGUGUGUAUUCCCACGACGAUUCACUGGCCUGAGUGUUGAAACUUACGGUGCUGCUUUAGAGUGUUUAUCACAGAAUAAACAUCUGGAUAUGGUUACGAUCAUCCUAGGCAGUGAUCAUUGUAGUAACAUUCAGCAAGACACAGUAGCAAUAAAAAGUAGAUUGCUUGAACUAAGCAAAUCGUUGACAUCAUCGAUAGCAUUAAGGAUAAAUGUUUCUCUUUUACAUGAUCAUGGAGACAUUCUUGAAUAUGUAGCCGAAAGUUUAUGUCACAAUGUCACUUUAUGUACUGAGAUAACAGUUACAAAUGACAGAGACGAUCAGAACUUGUCUGGACUGAUCACAUUACUGAACUCGUUGAUGUUUACCCCUAUUCAAAAGUUGUGUUUUAAAAAUGUUCAUUUCAAUACCGAAUGUGCUGAAACAUUAAUCGAAGUGCUGAGUCAUAGCAAGCUUCUCACAGUUUUAGCGAUGGACGGAAAUACAUAUUUGACCGAUGCUAGUUGCACACCAUCAGCUUGGAAAACAUGGCGAUUUUUCCGAUCUAUUCAAAUGGAAUCUCUGACAGAAUUAAGUUUUAGUUACAACAGUCUUGGAACAGAGGGUACUGUGGCAUUACUAGAUUUUCUUCGCCACAAUCCACGACUCGCUGUCUUGAAAGCAUCCAAUUGUGAUCUGACCGAUGAUCUAUUUGUUGAUUCUUACUAUUGGCAAACCUCUUCCUUGAAAAAACUGAUAAUAGACAGGAAUAUGUACAUUAGCGUUGAGGGAUGGACUAAUCUGUUUCAAAAUCUUAGGCACAACACAUCACUGAUCAAAUUAAACUGCUAUUGUUUUCCUGAUAUUGGUAAAGUUUUGAAUGAAAUGAUAAUUUCAAGCAAAUGUAUUCAAUAUCUUAGAAUUAACUCAUAUUUAUCCGUUAGUCAAUAUGACACUGAGUCACUAGCAAGAGCACUCGUUCAAAACCUCACUCUCAAAGAAAUUACGUAUGGAGAUAAGUUUGACAGAGAUGCUGUGGAUGACCUCCAGAGAGAAAUACAAAAACUAAAAAGAGACAGGAACGUCACUAUAUCUCCUGAAUGGAAUCUAAAGAUACGAUAGGUAUACAUGAACUAUACGAUAAUUAUAAUGCAGAGCAGAUUUAAUAGUUACUGAGUUUAGCUUAAGUCAUUAUACCUUGUGUAAUUAUGUCUUCGAAUUCAGUUUUUCUUGUCCUAAUACAUGUACAUGUAAUUUACUAUGGAAAUCGGCAAAACUAAUGAAUUCACUCAAAACA